AUGCAAGACCCUUUUGGGAUUCCUGCAUGUUUUUCAUCAGGUGAGAAGCCGAGUGAUGAUCCAACGGCAGUAACAAGGUCUGGCCAGAGUGUUUUCAUGUCUGUUUUCCGCACAAAGAUUGCCGAUCACUGCCGUUUGAUCACUGUCACUUGGUACAAGAAUGUGUUGCUUCAUGGCCUCUCAGUCUCAGUUGAGGGCCCCGAGGGAGAGGGUCAGUAUACCUGUAAAGUUGAGCUGAAACUUUGGUAUUUUUGGAGGAAACAAGGCUCCAAACGCUUUAUAGUGGAUGGUAAAGCUGUUGAAAUCUCAUGGGACCUGAAGGCUGCUAAAUUCAAUGGUGAAACCGAGCCUAGUUCUGAGUACUAUGUUGCUGUUGUUUGUGAUGAAGAGGCUGUUCUACUUCUUGGGGAUCUAAAGAAAGAUGCAUACAGGAAAGCUGGAUGCAGGCCUGCUCUUAUUGACCCCAUUUUGGUUUCAAGAAAGAAGCACAUAUUUGGCAAAAAUAAAUUCUCCACAAGAGUUAAAUUCCAUGAGAAAGGUAGGUUUCAUGAGAUCUCAAUUGAGUGCAAGAACAGAAGUACAACCAGUGGCAACAUGAGUAAUAUCAAUUCAUUAGGUGGGGUCGAGCCUGAAAUGGAAAUAAGAAUUGAUGGGCAUUCGGUCCUUCGUGUCAAGCAUCUUCAAUGGAAAUUCAGAGGCAAUGAAUCCAUCCAUGUCAACAAAACUAGAGUAGAAGUUUACUGGGAUGUUCAUGACUGGCUUUUUAUUCGUGGUUUAAGGCAUGCUUUGUUUAUAUUCAAGCCUAUUUUAUCACCCACCUCUCUUUCAUCUCUGUCAACAUCUUCCUCCCCACCAUUAUCAUCAUCCUUGCCAUCUACACCAUUGUCAUCUCAGACAGGGAGCAGUGGUUCAUUAGAAGGGCUUAAUCCUGGUGGGUCAUCCGAAUUUUGCUUGUUUCUGUAUGCCUGGAAGGAUGAAUGA